AUGAGUGAAGCCUUCACCCUGGCUGACCUCAAACAGCUGCCCGAGCUGAACCCACCGGUGCUGAUGCCUAACGGGAAUGUGGGCACACCCCUACAUGUCUUUUUGGAGUUCAUCCGGGCCUGCCGCCUGCCCCCCCGAAUCAUCACCCAGCUGCAGCUCCAGUUCCCCAAGACAGCCCACUUGGACCAUUCCACCCACCUCCUGGGAGGUGGUCUCACCCAUGUUGGGAAGCUGCUUUCUUCGUCAGCCCUGGAGGAAGGACCUGUCUCCACUGAGCUGCUGCUUGUGGCCGCUCUCCGUGUGGCCUGGCAGGACGACGACCGGUGUGAGGAGUGGGAGCGGCACGAAGCCCUCCACGAGGACGUGACCGGGCAGGAGCGCACAGCGGAGCGGCUCUUUGAAGAGGAGAUCGAGCUCAAGUGGGAGAAGGGCGGCUCCGGCCUGGUGUUCUACACUGACGCCCAGUUCUGGCAGGAGGAAGAAGGAGACUUUGAUGAACAGACGGCUGAUGACUGGGAUGUGGACAUGAGUGUGUACUAUGACAGAGAUGGUGGAGACAAAGAUGCCCGAGACUCUGUCCAGAUGCGUCUGGAACAGAGACGCCGAGACGGCCAAGAGCGUGGCUCUGUAAUGGAGGGCCAGGUGGGCACCUUUGAACGUCACACCAAGGGUAUUGGACGCAAGGUGAUGGAACGGCACGGCUGGGCUGAGGGCCGGGGCCUGGGCAGCAGAUGCUCAGGGGUGCCUGAGGCCCUGGAUAGUGAAGGCCAGCACCCCAGAUGCAAGCGUGGAUUAGGAUACCAUGGGGAGAAGCUACAGCCAUUUGGACAACUGAAGAGGCCCCGCGGAAUGGGCUUAGGGCUCAUCUCCACCAUCUAUGAUGAGCCUCUGCCUCAGGACCAGCAUGAGUCACUGCUCCGCCGCCAGCUGCCCACCAGCAUGAAGUUCCGGACAGAUGUGCCCUUUGUGAAGGGCUCCAGCUGUGCCUUGGACAGUGUCUCAGAGCCUGAGUGAUAAGGCCAGGCAGGAGCCUUUGACUGCAAGAUACCGCUUAGCCUCAUCUUCCACUUGAGCGCUCAGGCAGUGGGCUGCGUAUCCAGGGGGCUUUGUGUUGAACUUGCCUUCUGGUUCUCUACCUCGGGAUUUUAAAUAUAUAUAUAAGCCCUGAAAACCUGGAUUGACCAAAGGGAGGUGCAUACCCUUCCUCGAGGCCCUUGAAAGGGUCCCCCAAGAAUUAAGGGGACCAAGAAUGGAGUCUUGGGGAGUCCACAGCCUCUAAUCCUCUGCCCAUCUGUCUGCACGAGACGGCUGAGACUGCCAGAGAAGCCCAGACCUGCGACCUAAAGGAGAAUAAAGUUUACGACGAAGUUU